UAUUUAAAGCUCUACAAUGUGUUGAUAGAUGAUCAAAUUAGCACAAAAACCUUGACUACAGCCUUUCGCCAUGACGGGCAAUCCCCAGCCAUACACAAUUUCAGUGCCUGACGCAGCGCUCGAGGAGGUGAAGCAGCGUCUUUCCUUUGCGAAAUUUCCUGACCAGCUCCAAUCCCCAGAUCAGAAUGAUUGGCCAUUCGGCGUCCCAGUAGCAGAAGUUAAAAGGCUUGUGACCUAUUGGAAGGACAAAUUCGAUUGGCGAAAAGCAGAAGCACAAUUAAAUAAACUGCCGCAUUACAGAACCGAAAUUGAGGUCGAUGGAUUUGGCACUCUAGAUAUUCAUUUUAUACAUCAAGUCAGUCCAAACAAGAAUGCAAUUCCGCUUCUAUUCUCGCAUGGUUGGCCUGGAUCAUUCAUCGAAAUAACAAAACUGCUACCAUUUUUUCAAGGAGACGAUAAAACCCCAGCAUUUCAUGUCGUUGCGCCAUCACUGCCAAAUUUUGGAUUUUCAUCUGGCGUCAACCGUCGUGGUUUCGUACUCACAAAAUACGCAGAAACUCUGAAUAAGUUAAUGCUUAAGCUUGGCUACGAUCAAUACGUCACACAAGGCGGCGACUGGGGCUUCUCCGUUACUCGUGCGCUAGGUAGAAUCUACCCGCAGCACUGCAAAGCAUCGCACAUCAAUCUGGUUCUCGCGCGAGAGCCAAACUGGACUAAGCAUCCACUUCUGGCUCUUCAGCAUGCCCUAUUUUCUUAUACAGACCGGGAGAAGGCUGGUCGUGAGCGCACCAAAUGGUUCGACGAAGAGGGAUACGGUUACAACCUUCUACAAAGCACAAAGCCGCAAACCAUCGGAUACGCUCUUGCCGACAGCCCUGUCACGCUACUAGCAUGGAUCUACGAAAAACUUCAUGACUGGACAGACGGGUAUCCCUGGACCGAAGACGAGAUUUUGACAUGGGUAUCUAUUUACUGGUUUUCGACUGCUGGGCCAGCGGCCAGCGUGAGGAUCUAUCAUGAAGCGACGCGUCCCCAGCCUUAUUCAGACAUAUCAACCAGAGCUUUAGGCGAGUACACGCCAAAUGUUAAGCUCGGCAUUGCCCACUUCCCUAAGGAAAUAACGGUGGUCCCAGACACGUGGGCAGCUACUUUGGGUCCAGUAGUUAUGCAAAGCUCACAUGAUCAUGGUGGACAUUUCUCUGCAUGGGAAGUACCUGAUGCUAUUGCAUCGGAUGUGCAAAAAAUGUUUUGUCGGGGUGGACCUUGUUAUGGCAUCGUGAAAGGUAGAAAUGGGUAUUAGCUGAGAUUAAGAGUUAUAUGGGGGACUAGGGUCAUAUAUAGAAUGCUAGGUACACAACAGCUGCUUUUGAGCAUGAAUUAAUACUUACAAAAGGCCAGAUUGAGC